AGUUCACUCCAGCUGAUGGCGCUAUUUGGUAUACCUACCUAUUUGGCAACCUACGAAGAAGACAUCACCGGAAGUAGCAUUUAGCAUGGUGACAAGCCAGAACAAUAGCAGUGAAUAUUAAAACAGAUAUUCGUAUAUAUUAGACAACCAUUUAGGUCUAAAGCUCUGUGCUUUGCAACUUUAAACAUCUAUUUUGUAGUCGUAUCGUGUAUCUUGUAUGAUUCUGUUGUAAAAGCUUUUUGGAAAUGACGGCGUUAGCCUGUAGCUAGCUACAGGACAAGAUCAAUGAACGCGCGCCCGACGUGUUGUACGAUAUAUUUACGUUGAGUGAAUCUAAAGUGCUCAAGUCAUGGCUACCGGUGCGGACGUCAGGGAUAUUCUGGAGUUGACAGGAGGGGACAAUGAUGGGCCCAUCAGUAAGAAGGACCUCAUCAAUUCUGACAAGAAAAAAUCCAAGAAGACAACUGAAACGCUGACCUUCAAGAGGCCAGAGGGAAUGCACAGAGAAGUCUACGCGCUGCUGUAUUCCGAUAAAAAGGAUGCACCCCCGCUUCUGCCAAGCGACACCACCCAGGGUUACAGGACAGUUAAAGCCAAGCUCGGCUGUAAAAAGGUUCGCCCCUGGAAGUGGAUGCCUUUCACCAAUCCGGCUCGAAGGGAUGGCGCCAUAUUCCAUCACUGGCGACGGGCGGCGGAAGAAGGCAAAGACUACCCUUUCGCCCGCUUCAACAAGACCGUACAGAUACCCGUGUACUCGGAACAGGAAUACCAGAUGCAUCUCCAUGACGACGGGUGGACAAAAGCAGAGACGGACCACCUGUUUGAUCUGUGCAAGCGCUUUGACCUACGCUUUGUUGUCGUACAUGACCGAUAUGACCACCAGCAGUACAGAAAACGAUCCGUAGAGGACCUCAAAGAGCGAUACUACGGCAUCUGUGGGAAGCUGACCAAGGUCCGUGCGGCCUCAGGGACUGAGCCCAAAAUCUACAUCUUUGACGCUGGCCAUGAAAGGCGGCGUAAAGAGCAACUGGACAAGCUCUUCAAUCGUACACCGGAACAGGUGGCAGAAGAGGAAUAUCUCAUCCAGGAGCUGAGAAAGAUUGAAACAAGAAAGAAGGAACGGGAGAAGAAAGCUCAGGAUCUGCAGAAGCUCAUAAAGGCAGCCGACACCACCACGGAGCUGAGACGAGCAGAAAAGAGGGUUUCUAAAAAGAAACUGCCGCAAAAAAGAGAGACUGAGAAACCGGCCGUCCCGGAGACCGCAGGCAUCAAAUUUCCAGAUUUUAAAUCUUCUGGAGUUACACUGCGUAGUCAGAGGAUGAAAUUGCCAAGCUCAGUGGGCCAGAAGAAGAUCAAGGCAAUUGAGCAGAUUCUUGCGGAACAAGGAGUCGAUCUCAACCCCAUGCCCACAGAGGAGAUUGUCCAGAUGUUCAACGAGCUGCGGAGCGACCUGGUGCUGCUCUACGAGCUGAAGCAGGCCCACAGCAACUGUGAGUACGAGCAGCAGAUGCUGCGUCACCGCUACGAAGCCCUGCUGAAGGCCGGCAGCGCAGGAGCGUGCGGCGGGCUUGCCGCCGCCGCAUCGCAGGGCAUCGACGCCGGGGGCGCCAACAGCAACGUGGCAUCCACUCUGGUGGGCGAAUCCCAGGCGUGGCCCAACACAGACGACAUCAAGGUCGAAGCCAAGGAGCAGAUCAUCGACGUGGUGGGAGCUCCGCUGACCCCCAACUCGCGCAAACGGAGAGAAUCAGCAUCCAGCUCUUCCUCGGUGAAGAAGGUGAAGAAGCCCUGAUGAGGACCAUACGAGGCACUGGGGCCUCACAUAAGAAAAUGUGAUGACUGAACAGGAGAGACACGGCACAGCAGGACGCCACAUAGAAGCAUCACACACACACACACACACACAUACACACACACACCAGCCCGCUCGGCAUCAUUGCCACAAAAGGCGACGACUGAGUGACAUUUCAUUCCAUUACUGCUCUUCUGCCUGCUUUGGGCCGACGCUCCGCCUCAGAUGAGGCAAGAUCAACUGUAAAUUGCCAGGCUGAGCUAAUGGUGACGUGGGGAAGAAGAUGGGAACGGCUUGGUAAUUGAAAUGAAUUGCUAGGAAAGAGGAAGGCUCCAGGAGUGGGAACACCAUAAUCCACCUCACUCCUGGAAAAACACGCUUGUUUCUACCAGCUUGGAGCUCUUCUGCUUCUCCUUAAUCCAUCUUUCAAUAAACCUUGUGUUAUUUCCCCUUGUGGUGUAGACUUUGUGUACUGGUUGUUUCGGCCACACAACUCACAUUGUCACAUGACACUUUAUUGCUUUGGAACGCGCACGUGCAGUAAGAAUGUAGAAUCAUGGCCUGACAACUAAACACUUCAUUACUAUGAUAAUUAAGCAGCCAUGAGUGUGGCUGGGCACAGUCAUGGGAAAGUGAUUAGUUUCCCUCCUGAUAAUUCUGCUAAUUGCGUGUCAAUGAUGUCGUUUAGCUUAUGUUGACAUUAUUUCUAUGUUAAUUGUGGACGGCUUGACCCAGUUGAAGGUAUCAACUCUGAAUCUUUAAUUACUAUACGUUGGUCUGACCGUGUUUUCAAACACGAACGCCAUGCAGCAACUUACUCAAAGAUGCCUUCAGUACUUUACACUUCAUAUUCCACUUCUGGAUGGACGGAAACUUGUUCUAAUCUAAUCUAAUCUUCAAGUUUUGGAUAACUUUCUACUUCUCAAGACCGAUAUACUAAUAACCAAUCACAUUUUUAUACUAAUUUUGUUAUUUAGAUGUAUCUGUAGCUUUCCAACCCGCCGGUUCGCUAAUUUAUUCAAGAUAUUUAACAAUAUUUUUUUACAUCAAAAUGGCAGAUUUCGGCAUAUAAAUAUUUAAGUUGCACUUCUUUAUCCGUCUCUUCUAGGAGGUUUGCCACCAGCUGCUUAUAAUGAUAUGCCUUGUAGUUUCCAAGAAACUGAUGCAAAAGUCAAUUUCAUGAAAUGUGUCUAAUGCAUGCAUUUUGUCCACUUCCAAGACAGAUUUCUGCAAUAAAAACAAAGCAUUUGAUGUGAAAACACCAGACAUAUUCAUAUGAAUGUUUUGACUUUAUUCCUGUAAAAUUACUGCUGAUUUUUACAUUUUUGCAUUUUUUUGGGGGGUCCUUGUUAAAUAAUAUUUUUUAAAUAUAAGUUGAAGUAUUGAAGAAAAAAUAGUCGUAAUAUUACCAAAAACAUAAAUAAAAUUGUACUUUUUGGAAAAUAAGGUUGCUGAAAAAUAAAGUCAAAAUAUGGGGAAAAAAAUAAAUUAAGGUUGAAAUAAAUAAAAAAGAGUUUUAUGAGAAUAAAGUCAGGAUAUGCAUGGAAAUAAAGUCAUAAUUACAAGAAGAAAGUUGAAAUAGAUGGAAAAUUUAUUAGAAACAGCAGCUCUCGAAAAUAAGCUGUAAUUUUAUGAGGAUAAAGACAAAAUAUUAAGAAAAAGAAAUGAUAUUGGAACGAGGAAAAAAUGCCUAAUAUCUAUGACAAUUUUAGUAACGUAAAGCUGAAAUAUUAACAGAAAGAAAGAAAAAGAAAAUAGUUUUUCAGAGUAUGAGAAACAAAGAAAACAACAGUUUUAAAUGGUUUUGCUGAAAAAAUGAUAAUUUUACGAGAAUAAAGUGAAAAUAUGGAAAUAAAAGAAGGAAAAAAUGUCCAGGAAGAAAGUUAAAAAAUGGAAAAAAACACAUGUAAUUUUUUCACCAUAAGGGAAAGUUAAAAUGUUAGGAGAAGUUGUAACAAGAAAAAAAACAAUUUUUGCAGGAAUAAAGUCAUAAUCCAUCCAUUUUCUAUAUUGCUAAUCCUCACUACGGUCACGGGGUAAUGCCAUGCAAUUGUCACACUUUAUGUUCCAGAUACUACAACAACAGAACACUUUCCCGAUACUAACGGUGGCCUAUGUCAUAUCUACCGUAAUAGGAAAUACACACAUAUGGAUGACUAUAGGGUUGUUAUUUCAUGUCAAGAGGGCUCUAAUACUUUUUACACCCAGAAUAGCUGAAUACUUGAAGGAUGCAAAUGUGACAUCAUUUGCACCAAGAUCAUGUUGGAGGUCUUUGGAGCACCAUCCACCUUCUCACCAUCCUUGGCCUCGGCUUAUGUAAGAUUCUUAUUGGCCUGCCACUGCGGGUCUUAACCAAACCUGUUCCUGUGGUCUUCCAGUUCCUCACUAUGUUCCUCAGAGUGGAACCUGACAGCUGAAAUAUCUGAGCUAGCUAUUGUAUCGUUGCCGUAGACCAGGGGUGAGUAAACUACGGCCCGGGGGCCACAUCCGGCCUGCCAAGUGUUUGAAUACGGCCCGCCCAUUCUUUCCAAAGUAUUUAAUUUCAAUUUAACAUCCAACCUGGCAUCGUGACUCGAGCCAACCUUUUGAUGGUUUAAGUAGCUGUUUUGUCAAUUUUGUUAUUUGAUGUGGUCUGCUGUUUACAAAGUGCUCCUGAAAAAAGGGACACAACACACACACUUUUUACAGAUACAAUACUUCAGGUGGACAGUUACAUGUAAAAUAUAUAGUCUGGCCCCCCCAUAAAUUUUGUUAAAGCAAUGCGGCCCACGUGUCAAAACAUUUGCCCACCCCUGCCCUAGACCAUGAUGUUUUUGCUCUCAGGUCAUGUGACAGUUGUUUUGAGGCUACCAUGGUACUACUCUUUAGAGCAGUGUUUUUCAACCUUUUUUGAGCCACGGCACGUUUUUUACAUUGUAAAAAUCUUGUGGCACACCACUAACCAAAAAUGUUCCAAAAUGUCACCACGACCUCACACGUGCAUCAAUAAGUCUAUGGGAGGAACAAGGUAGGUGUUGCCACACGGACCAAUAUUACAUUGCUCUGCCAGUCUUUACACCACAGACACUCCAGUAGCCAUGUUUUUACAUCACCACUUUUUCUCUUUCCCAAUCACCUUUCGGGAAACAAUGGUAUCCAUGGAAAGGAAUAUUCCAAUCUCUUGUCUACAUGCGGCGUGAAAAUCAACCAGAAUAGUCAAUAGAGUAUGCGCAGUAAAACGUAAACAUCAACAUCACGUGAUACCGACUUCCCCGAGUUAUUCUUUCACUUGUUGGAAUAACUCCGUAUUGCCAGUUUUUCGUCUGUCCAGUCUUGAAGUUUAGUUUGAAUCAAAAACAAACUUUGCUUAGUCCAGUGCCGAUUGCUGGCCUCCAUUUUUAAAAGUGAAGAACGUCUGGAUCUGCGUGUUACGUCAUAUCUGAGCAUGCGCUGAAAGAACGCACCCGGGAUCAAUUUAAACAGGAAAAGAUCAAAUUCAAUCUUGCUAAUAUUUUAUAAUUAAACUGAGGACAUGUUUUAUAUAGAUAUAUAUUUUCUUUUUUAAUAAAACUGCACUUGUGAAUAAAGUAUAGAAGGGUUUAGAUUCUGUUCCACAGAUGGCGCUAAUGCACACGAAAGCUGCUUGCCAACCGCCAAUAAACAACAGAAGAAGAAAAACACCACGAAGAAGAAGGCACCCUGACAACUUUCCGUUUGAGCGGGUACAAGAUACCUCAAUCGGAUUGGUUAAAGGAAUAUUCCAUCCCUGUUCAAUUCUUUCCGUUUGAGCAAAUAAACCAAAGUGAAUUGGAAUAUUUGGGUCCAUGUAUACUAUUGACAUAAUGGCUAUUGACAUAAUAUACACAAUUAUAAAAAGUGAUAU